AUGUGGAAAGCCACCGCAGGCCAUACCAUCACUGUCAGCCAGGAUGAUGGUGCAGAUGACUGGGAGACAGACCCUGACUUUGUGAAUGAUGUGAGUGAAAAAGAACAGCGCUGGGGUGCUAAAACUGUGCAAGGAUCUGGUCACCAAGAACACAUCAAUAUUCAUCAGCUAAGGGAGAAUGUAUUUCAAGAGCACCAGUCUCUCAAGGAGAAAGAACUUCAGACAGGACCAAAAGCUUCUCAUGGCUAUGGCGGGAAGUUUGGUGUGGAACAAGACCGCAUGGACAAAUCAGCUGUUGGUCAUGAGUAUCAGUCCAAGCUUUCUAAGCACUGCUCCCAGGUGGACUCAGUGAAAGGUUUUGGUGGGAAGUUUGGUGUGCAAGUUGAUAGAGUGGACCAGUCUGCUGUGGGAUUUGAAUACCAGGGGAAAACGGAGAAACAUGCUUCUCAGAGAGAUUACUCAAGUGGAUUUGGUGGAAAAUAUGGAGUACAGGCUGACAGGGUAGACAAGAGUGCUGUUGGAUUUGAUUACCAAGGAAAAACAGAAAAGCAUGAAUCACAGAAAGAUUAUUCUAAAGGUUUUGGUGGUAAAUAUGGUGUGGACAAGGAGAAAGUGGACAAAAGUGCUGUUGGCUUUGAGUACCAAGGCAAAACUGAAAAACAUGAAUCACAGAAAGAUUAUACAAAAGGUUUUGGUGGAAAGUUUGGUGUACAGACGGACAGACAAGACAAAUGUGCUCUUGGUUGGGAUCAUCAGGAGAAAGUACAACUACAUGAAUCUCAGAAAGACUAUAAGAGUGGUUUCGGAGGGAAAUUCGGUGUUCAAACAGAGAGGCAGGACCCAUCAGCUGUGGGGUUUGACUACAAGGAGAAACUAGCGAAGCAUGAAUCGCAACAAGACUACUCUAAAGGAUUUGGCGGGAAAUACGGCGUGCAGAAAGAUCGGAUGGAUAAGAAUGCAUCAAGUUUUGAAGAUAUAGAGAAGUUGUCUUCAACAUACCAGAAGACCAAGCCAGUGGAAGCUGCGAAUAUGAAGACAAGUGACAUCAGAGCUAACUUUGAAAAUCUUGCGAAGGAAAAAGAGCAGGAGGAUAAAAGGAGAGCUGAAGCAGAAAGAGCUCAGAGGAUGGCCCAAGACAAACAAGAACAAGAAGAAGCAAGGAUGAGGCUAGAAGAACAAGCCAAGGCCAAGGAACAAAUUCAUCCUCAAUCUCCUGCCACACAGCUGGUCGAAGAAAAGCUGCCUUCAAGCCCAGUCUAUGAGGAUGCGGCGUCCUUUGAGUCUGGCUACAAAAGUUCAAACACGAAUUAUUCGUCUCUACAAGAGCCAGAAAUCAACAACAAAGUGGAAGAAUCGGACUAUCAAGAAGCAGUUAGUCACAGGGAGCCAGAGUUUGAAGCUGAAACGGUUUAUGAAGUUGCCGGUGCAGGAGACCAAUAUCAAGCAGGUGAAAACACUUAUGAUUAUGAAAAUGACCUUGGAAUAACAGCUAUAGCCCUCUAUGAUUAUCAGGCUGCUGGUGAUGACGAGAUUUCCUUUGAUCCUGAUGACAUCAUCACUAACAUAGAAAUGAUAGAUGAUGGCUGGUGGAGAGGAGUGUGCAAAGGCCGAUAUGGGCUGUUCCCAGCUAAUUAUGUUGAGCUCAGGCAAUAGAAAAUAAUGCUGACCUUUUAUGCCUUAAUACCAUGAUCAUUCAUCUGAUUUAUUACACUACAAAUCAUGUUCUUUUUGCAGGGGGAGGGAAAUAAUGGAGGGAUCUAUACAUACUGCUUUUAUAUUUAAAAUACUUUGCUGAUGCUUUUACAAAUGUUUAUGAAAUCGCUCAGAAAUCGCUAAUAUAUUGUAACUCUUAUGUUUCCCGUUAUAGCCUGUUUCCAUAAGUUCUUCCUGAAUUUGGGGCUUUCAUUCUUUUGCCAAAUUAGUGGUGAAGGUCAUAAAAAAUUCAAGAAAUUUUAGCUGUUUCUGACCGUAAUGCAUGUUUUGUUUGUUUGCGUGCUGGAUUCCCAAGUAGUCACCUCUAGCUACUCUUCUAAGGAUCAUUGUCAGUUUCCCAGAUUUUAGCUGUGCAGGUGCACCUCCCUGUUAUUUCCACAUGGUGGGAAUGGAUCAAGAAAGAAAAAAAGUGACUGUGAGCAUUGCAGUUGAUGGGAGUUGCUCAACAGGAAAAGGUUGUUGUUUUUUCAUUGAUAAUAGGAGCAAUCCAUUGUAGAGAGAGAGAGAGAGCAGGGAAUCACUCUCUCAUAUGCUGCUCAUGGGGCUUUUCCAGACCAUCUCAUAAGAGUUGCGUCAUCAGCAUUUGCUGCCUGCUUUAUCUCUUUUGAAGAGGCCGCCAGAUGGUAAGAUACUUUUUGCUUGUGUCACUUUUUUCGAUCCCACUCCCAUAACACUGUGAGGUUCUUUGGUUUCAGAAACCUGUUUAGCAGCUCCCAUUGCUGUCAUUUUGAAAAGGGGCCCUCUGCCUCUCUGUGCUGCCGUUCAGGCCUGCAUUUCUCCUUGGAGCUAACAGAGCUGGUUGCCUUGAAGACACAAAAUGGGUUGUGGAAAGUGUACAUACUUCAUAGAUUCUGCAUGGACUGUGUUGCGUCAUUUGGGAUGAGGCGGGUUGGGGGUGAAGGCCUGUUGGGUAGUAAAUCUGUUAUGCAAUCCUAUUUCAGUUAAGGAAUGUUAGGCAGUGCAGCUAACAUUGGAGCUAGGAUCUGCUUCUAAGCAAUUUGCAGAAGACUUCCAUGUUGUAUACGUUCAGCAAAAACUGCCAGUAGCACUUUGAGUAAACAGUAAAGGUGUCUGCCUUUUGCCAAAAGUUGAGCAGAUGUUUUAGCCACUGCAUCAAUAGAGUACGUUUUCUAAGAAGAUUAGUUAUUUAAUAACUUAACCACAUAGACAUACCUACUAAAGACAGUAUAUACAUGCGGUCCAUGUGUUUCCUGUUCAUUUUGAUUUGAUCAGAGAAGUUCAGGGAGGAAUCGAUGAAGCAGCAAGAAAAUAAAGACUCAGAAAAACUCAGAGCAGAAUGUAAAAAUAAAAUAAAAAAUGAAUGGCUAUGUGCAGUGCCUCCAGGGGAAAAUACAUUGUGGGCAGAGGGAGAUCAAGAGAAGAUGGAAUUGGCCAGCCAGGACAAUUUUAAAGAAGAAUAUUAUUUAAUCUUACAUCACCUUUCCUGCUGGUUCCUUUCCGUCUCACAAUUGCAUAACAGUUUUAUGUUAGGUUGGGCUGGAUUUUAUAUGUGGUUACCCUUUCCAGUUUUGCAUAGAACACUUCUUUUCUUUUUUUGUAAAUUAAAUAUUCAAAUAAACUUUUGGAACCAUUUGCAUAGAUUA